AUGCUAAACCUCCUCCGUCACCGCUCCUCGUCCGUGGAGGCGACGGACGCGGACAAGGGCGAGAACGCCCAGGUGGUGUACUCACUGGUGACCAGCCCUUUCUCAUUGGAGUCGUUCUUCAGCAUCGACCCCGCCUCUGGGCAGCUCACCACGCUGAAGAUGUUUAACCGAGACGAGCCGGACCAUGAGAAGGAGCUGCGUGUCAUCGUCAAGGCCAAUGACAAGGGCACGCCGUCGCUGGAGGGCACGUGCGCGUUCGUAGUUAAUGUGCGGGACGUGAACGACAACCCGCCCAUGUUCGACAAAGCGAACUACCAGGAGUCGAUCCCGCGUGACACGGAGCUGGAGGCGGCCGUGCUGCGGAUCUCGGCCACGGACGCCGACAGCGACGAGAAUGGCACGAUCGAGUACUUCGUCAGCCCGGCGCGGCCCGUCGACGGCGGCUUCUUCGGCGUCGAUCCGCGCACGGGGGUCAUCACGCUCACCCGCCGGCUCGACCAGGUGGAGAUCGACUACGAGUUCCGCCUGACGGCGGUGGCGCGGGAUCGUGGCAGCCCCUCGCUCUCGGCCGAGGUGCCCGUCGUCAUCACCGUCAAGGACUCGGACACGCGGCCGCCCACCUUCGUGGUCCGGCCCAACCAGACCUACUACCUGCCGGAGAGCUACCGCGACACGGAGGCGCCCAUCGCCCGCAUCAAGGCUGUCUCUAACUCGGCGGCUAGCCCGGCGAUCUACUACGACAUCGUGCACGGCUCCCAGGAGCAGACCAACCGCGACCGCACGUUCGUGGUGGAGGAGGACGGCGACGGUGGCGCCAUCAUCAAGUACGGCGGCAGCAGGCAACUGGACUACGAGCAGCUCAAGAGCUAUAAUAUCACCGUGCGCGCUUCGACGGACCAGCAAACCGGCGCCGAGGUGACCUUCCGGAUCGCGCUGCUCGACUCCAACGACGAGGUGCCCAUCUUCUACAGCACCGACCCGGUGACCGUGUCGGAGAACUCGGAGCCGGGCACCUACGUGGCCGUGACGACGGCCAUUGACCGAGACGGAACGCCGCCAAACAAUCAGGUGUCCUACCGGUUCGAGGAGAACUCGGAGGACAGUCGACUGUUCAGCAUCGACCCCGGCACAGGUCAGAUCUCGACCCGAGCCCGCUUCGACCGCGAGGACGCGUCCCGGCCAUCACCCUUCUACACGGUGACGGUGAUCGCCGAGGACGGCGCGCCGUCCGGCAUCCGGAACACAUCGCGGCCCAACCAGGUGAAGCAGCGCGUGACGGUGGAGAUCGGCGACGAGAAUGACAACGCGCCCACCUUCGACCCCAACCGGAUCUACGAGGCCACCAUCAAGGAGAACGCCAACAUCGGCGCCAACGUCAUCGAGGUGGUGGCCCGCGACCCGGACUCGGACUCCAAGAUCCAGUACCAGAUAACAGACGGGAACCACGGCGCAGCUUUCGACGUUGACACCGACACGGGCAUGGUCAAAGUGAAGAACAAGCUGGACUUCGAGAACGUGAAGGAGUACACAAUCUCGGUGACGGCCUCCGACGGCAAGUACGAGGCCACCCACCCGGUGAACAUCGACGUCACCAACGUCAACGACGUGGCGCCCGUGUUCAACCAGUCCGAGUACCGGCUGAAGAUGAGCGAAGGCCGCGCCUCCUCCGAGCCAAUCACCAAGGUCACGGCCACGGACAAGGAUCCGGAUGGUGAGGCGUCCAUUGUGUACAAGCUCUCCGGUCCGGGCAUCUUCCCCGACCGGCCCAAGGACGACGUCUUCAGCAUCAACGACGACGGCGAGGUGGUGGUGCUGAAGAUCCUGGACCGCGACGAGGACACUGGCGGCCGCGAAAUCUGGAAGCUGUCGGUGGUCGCCUGGGACAACGGUGGCAAUGGCCUCGGCUCGUCCGUGCCCUUCACGCUCACGCUCACGGACAUCAACGACAACGCGCCUUACCUGAUCCAGAGCAACAGUUCGCGGCCAGUAAUCAUGGAAAACAAGUCCCCGGAGGAUGUCGUCAUCCCAGUGGAAGCGGACGACUUUGACGACCACCAGAGGAACGGCCCGCCGUACACAUUCCAGCUCGACCCCAACGCCCCUGACGACAUCCGGCACAAAUUCAGCGUCAUUACCGUCGUCCAGGACAACCGUGCGGAGAUCCGGCCGCUGGUGACCUUCGACCGCGAGGAUCAGAAGUCGUACGCCAUCCCGGUGGUGGUGAGCGACAGCCAGUCGGCCUCUCCCGGCCCGCUCACCGGCACCAGCCUCUUCACCAUCAUCAUCGGCGACGAGAACGACAACGACAUGAAGGAAGGCACCAGUCGCAUCGAAGUCUUCAACUUCGAGGGGAAGAUGCCUGACACGGUGGUGGGCCGUGUAUUCGUGGAGGACCCGGACGACUGGGACCUGCCGGACAAGACCUUCUCCUGGCUGGACGGCCAGGACUACCGCCACUUCGAGCUCGACACGGAGACGGGCAGCAUCACCAUGCGAUACGGCACGCCAAACGGCUCCUACCCGCUCAAGUUUCAGGUGUACGACAAGAAGUUCCGCAGCACGGUAGACGCGUACGUGACGGUGGCGGUGCGCCUUCUGCCGCGGGAGGCCGUCAUCAAGUCGGGCUCGCUCCGUAUCAAGGGCGUCACGGCAGAGGAGUUCGUCUCGCGGCCGGACAGGGAGACGCCGUCGAUGCACGAGCGUCUGAUCGUCCAGCUGGCCCGGCUGUUCACCACCGCCCCGGAGAAUGUUGACCUGUUCGGCGUGCAGAACAACGACGCCGGCGGCGUGGACGUGCGCUACUCGGCGCACGGCUCGCCCUAUUACGACAGCGAACGCAUGGACGGCAUCGUGGCGCAGAACAAAAACAGGUGGGCGCUGGAGGAUUUGUUCGGCUUCGAGAUCGAGCAAGUGGGCAUCAAUGACUGCCUGUACGAGGCAACCUGCCAGGGCAGCUGCCACGCCGAGCUGAAGAUCUUCGACGACGAGGUGUACCGCGUCCAGACCAACACGUCGAGCAUCAUAGGUGUGAAGACGGAGCUGCAGUACCGCUGUGGCGAGUGCGAGGCCAAGAUGGAGCGCCAGAUCUGUCUACACGACGGCGGCUGGAAUGAGGCGCGGCAAAAGUGCGACUGCCCGGAAGGCUACCCUGGCCCCAACUGCCAGGGCGACACGAUCCACUUCGAGGGCACCGGCUACGCGUGGUUCCCGACGCUGACGGCGUGUAACGCGUCGCGGCUCAGCUUCGACCUGACCACGGCCGCCGACGAGGGCCUCGUCAUGUACAACGGGCCGCUGUCCGAGCCCCCCGACUUCGUGCAAGAUUUUUUCGCGGUGGACCUGUUGGAGGGUCGCCUGCGUGUGUUCAUGAACUACGGUACGGGAACGGUAGUGGCCAGUCCCGAGGUCAAGGUCGACGACGGGGUCAUCCAUCACGUGGACAUCACCUGGGACACAGAGACGGUACUGGUGCUGGUGGACAGCUGCGUGGGCGGCACCACCUGCCAGGCGUCGGUGGCGGCGCCUGCCGCGCCUGACGGCGAGAAGAACGCCUUCCUGAACGUGGUGACGCCCCUGCAGCUAGGCGGCUCGGCCGUGCCGCUGGACCGCGUGCAGGCCUUCAUGUCCUGGGAGACGGUGCCCGGCUGGGGCGGCUUCUCCGGCUGCCUCCAGAACAUGACCUUCCUCGACAGGGUGUUCGACCUGAGCGCGCCUGCUGAGGGGAAGGACUUCAGCCGUUACUGCUCGGAGGUGGUGAAGGCCAAGCCGGUCAUAGAGCCGACGUCUGGCUUUCUGGCCGUCAUUCUCGGCUGUGCGGGUAUCCUGCUGAUGCUCAUCAUCGCGGUGAUCAUGUACCGCCGACGGCACGUGCGAGCCCUCUACAAGGAGCCGACGGACGAGAUGCGGGACACCAUCAUCAACUAUGACGACGAGGGCGGCGGCGAGAAGGACCAGACGGCGUACGAUCUCAGCGUGCUGCAGGUGGCCAACGGCGUGCCCAAGGAGAACGGCCGGCCGGUGGGCCAGACGCCCGGCCAGCCGCCGUCCGUGCGCAGCUUCAUCGACGACAACAAGAACCAGAUGGACAAGGACGAGCAGGCCUGGCCGUCAGACGACGUCAGGAACUACGCCUACGAGGGCGGCGGCAGCUCGGCCGGCUCGCUCUCCUCGCUCAACUCGGGCACAGACGACAACGACCUCAACUUUGACAUCCUGAACGAGUUUGGUCCCCGCUUCCGCAAGCUGGCCGACAUGUACGGCGGUGGCGACGAGGACGAGGACGAGCCGGCGGCCGGCGGCCGGCCAUCGUCUCUCGCUGGCGAGUCCUGGUGCUAGCGGCGGCCCGCCACCCCGGCCUGAGCAGGUGCCGCAGAGGACGCGGCCCCGCCGGUGGCCGAGAGGGGCUGGGUCCGUGCUGGACACGUCGCGUGCCUGCGACGGUCGUCCGGCGCUCGUGGGUGGUUCCGCCCGUCCCCAGGGAGGACUGUCGGACGGCGGCAGCUGUGAGUCAAGCGAACAAAGGACCUUGGGUCUGCCUGCGUCUGCGGCUAUCUCGCCCGCGCCAGGCCUUUUGUGGCCGUCGACUGCCGGACACGGGAGACGCCUCGAGGCAGCGUGUGGGCCCAACCGCGGCCACUGUAGCGGCGAGAGGAGUGACGCACGGCGCAGGACCAAGACCAGCGCCGGACCGAAGCCAGCGGCGAAGUUGUGAUACCCGGACGUUGUCGUGCGUGGACAGCACGAGCGGCCGCGCCCGGAGGUGAACGCACGAGCGGGAUGCCCCACGCGGUGAGCCGCCGGCUAGCAGAUAUCAUUGCCACGGAGUACUUAAUCUAUUUUACGGUGCGGUUUGUGUGCGCGCGCGUGCGCGCGGUGCCCGCCAGCUACCGCGCGCCUAGUCAUGUGAACUGCGGACGGGCUGUCGGGACCACAACCAACCAACCAACCAACCAACCAACCAACCAACCAACCAAUCAAAGCUGUGAACCUGCGUGCUGGCGAGCGCGAGCGCGGCCGGGCGCAGAGGUGGGGUGCAGGGCGGCUGACGCCCGGCGGGGGCGCGGGCAGACGCCGGGCGGCGCUCGUCCAAGUGCCGGCGUUGCGAGUCGACGCCGUGUUUUGUAAUCCAUGUGAUUGGUGCAUCGGUGGCCGUAGCUAGCGGUGUUGCGUGUGCGGCGGCGGCGCGCCGGCCGUCGCGCGCGCGUGUCGCGGUGACCGGUGGCCGGCCCUCGGCCGGUUCGCACCAGGUUCGGAGUGGGGUGGACCGGAAGAGCGGAGGCAUUUUACGUGUAGGGUCUCCUGCCGAGAGGCGGGACGCGACCGCCCGAUGUGUGAUCGUCAGUGGGGAGCGGUCCAAGCUGAAUUGUCACUGUCACAUUCCACUUUUCUACAGCGGCGACGUCACGGUUGACUGUGCCUCGCCCCGCGGCUGUGGGCCGGGGCUUGCACGCUGGUGAUGAUGAUCUCAGUCCAGAUCUGGAGGUGCGUCCUGGAGCUGUCACUCGUGCAACUGUGCCCUCACUAGAGCCUCCUGCCCUGCCGGUCGCACUCUAGCCCGCCCGGGGCCGGUGUGUGGCUGUCUGUACCGAUGUCCCGCAUUUUCUCAGCACAGCGGGGAGUGGCCCGAGCGGUCGGGCGGUCUCUCUUCUCUUUUAUAUGUUUGAUAAGGUACCGACAGUGCCAUAACGCUGCUUCUUUUAAAUAAAAGUGC